AUCGUUCUAGGGUUUCUGAACUUCUCCCUUCUUUGAUUACUCCCUUUGUUCCCAACAAUUUUCCAGGGUGGUUGCUGUUUGGUUUGCUAGCAAAUUGUGGCCUUUUCCAGUGAUUUUUUUUUUUUUUGUAUUCUCUUUUCUUUGCACCUGGAAAGAUGAAACCUUUCUAUGGGACUAUGUGCUGCUGUUGUUGAUGUCUUCAAAAUGUGUUUUCUUUGUACGAAGGCUGAAACUCGUUUCUUUCCUUGAAAAUUUAGGAUAUUUUUUCUGGGUUUUCCUUCUUUUUCUGAGCUUUUAAAACCUUCCCUUGGGUUGCCAUUAUUAAUCUCUUCAAAUUUUGUAAGUUUUCUUUGCAAAGGUUGAAACUUUAGUAUUAGCUACACACUGCAUAGCUACACAAUAUAUAUCUGGGGACUUUGCUCAAUUUUGAAGAUGGUGAGAGGAAAAAUUGUGAUGAAAAGAAUCGAGAAUGGAGCAAGCAGAAUAGUGACCUUCUCGAAGCGUCGAAAUGGGCUGCCUAAGAAGGCUUUUGAGCUAUCUGUUCUCUGUGAUGUCGAAGUUGCAGUUACCAUCUUCUCACAAAACGGAAGACUUAAUAAGCUCUCAAGCUCCGAGUAUGUUCUUUUCAAUUAUACUAACAAAGUUCUUCAAUUGAUUAUUUCAUUUUACUAUAUAUGUUGAUCAUUAGACAGGUUGUGCAAGUUUGUUUUCUGUUCCUCUUCCAUAAAUCGCUCAUUCUGUGCAUCUGGACUUGGUCGAUCAAAAAUGUGGAUCUGUACUUCCUCAUUGCCAUUAGGAAAUUUACUAUUUGCUUUGAUUUUUUCUUCCUAUUUGUCUUUGAGUUCAUUUCUCUCGAUGAAAUAUCAAGAAUGGCUCUCAUGAUACGCUUUGCUGCCAGAACAAAUCCAUUUGGGUGGAUUUUGCCUUUCUCAAACAUGUCUAUUCGGUUUUGCAAAAGCUUCCCUGCUAGGAACUAGAAACUGUAAUUCUAGUUUUUAGCCUGCGUGCCACCAUUUCUUUUUUAUUAGAUGAAUAAAAAAAUUUAUUAAUU